CCAAAUAUAACUUCCUCAAUCAUAUGGUGUAAUAGAAAAAUAAUAACAAUGAAGUGUAAGACAUCGAUGAUGAUUAUGUUACUUGUUAUUCUUAAAGUUAUGCAUGCAGCUGAACAUGAUAAUCCUUGUCCAAGUGACUUAGAACAUAUAGUGGCAAAUAUGUGUACAGACGAUUCUGCAACAGAAAGCAGCAUUGAUGGAUAUAAAGUAGUUGAUAGUGUAGUAUUACGUAUAACGAAACAACAAAACAACUGUAUAUGUCAUGUAAGUCUACAAAAUGAUGCGACUAACUAUACAAUAUAUAUGUCUAAAUACGACGGACUGAGUAAUUCAGCCCCAGCACAAUCAAACUGUGGACUUGCAGUGAAUGUCAAUUAUGUAGAUACAUCGGAUAUGACUAGAUCUCUCCAGUCGAUUGAAUGUACUAGUGGGACAAGUAUGCGGUCGAUCGAUUUGGGUGGGAAUGAGCUGAUAUUAAAAUCAAGGAUAAUAUUGGGUAACUUCACCAGAGGAUACUGUAUGCAAAUAUAUAGGGAUAAAGCAAUACUUUCUUGUAAAAUGGACGAACCUGAACAGAAAACAAUUGGUUCAGAUACAGAUUGGAUUCAAGCUCUUAAUCUACAAUCCUUUGAUGACUGUAAGAGAUACUGCCUGCAAAAUGAAGCGUGUGUUGCUGUUCAUUAUGAGCAUACUUAUUGCUUUAUUUACAACCAGACGACAACUACAAUUGAAAAAGAUAAUGCAGUUUACUCACAGAAGCAUUGUGUUGACACUCAAAAAUUACAAAUAAAGUGUUACAAUCCAGAAUCAACAACUACUACUGGUGACUAUCGUUCAACAACAAUGGAAACAGUGACACCACAAAUCACCGAUUACCGUACAACUGAUCAUUCUUCUAUGAAGAUAGAGAAGAAACUUACAAAAGAUAAUGGAAAUGUCAGUUUACCAGUAAUUAUUGUUGCUGUUGUUGGUUGGUGUUUUACAGCACUAUUUGCCUUAACAACGUUCUAUCUGUAUCGAAGAAGCAGCAGACCACGUCCAACCAUAGGUAGGGAACUAAAUGCCAACAACCAGUAUGAGGAAUUAAGCGCAUCACGACUUUCAUCUAAUUACAAUUCUCUUACUCUAUCAUCUGUUAAAAAUUAA